GCGAGUGGGCGGUAAAGAAGACGAUAAGAAGAGGAUACAGAGGAGUGUGGGAGUCGGCAUUUAUGGUUACCGAAUCAACAUUUCAUUCCUAAGAUCUCUCUCUCUCUCCUCUCCACUCCUAAUAAGAUUCACAGAAACAUUUCAUUCCCAAUCCCAAUCCCUAUCCCCAUUCCUCUCUUCUCUGUUUCCUUUCGCUCUUGCUAAUCCCCCCCCCAAAUGGAGAACCCGACGGCGGUCGCCGAUGGCGGUUUGGACUCUCAGGCUCCGGUUCACAUCCAGGUUGUGAAGAUCAAGCGGGAGAUUGAGAAGAUCAAGCAUCCCUCCCUUCAGCAAUCCGAGAUGAGCACUCAUCUUCUUCUUCGCGACAUGUCGAUUUCCAAACCGCGACCUCGCUCCCCGCUAGGGCUCGCUGCGGAGAGGUCUAUUUCCGUCGGGAAUUAAAUUAGGUCAUAUUAACCUCUUCUUGCUCUUCUCCCUCUGCUAAAACCCUAAAUUCUUGUUUCAAAGGGAUGUAUGUACAUAGUGUUUUGUUUUACCAUUCCCCAACUUUAUGGAUUUCUUCUUCUUCUUCUU